UUAUUCUUCUGUUUUUUUAGAAUUAACGUAACUUUAAUUCUGUAAAAUAAAUAUUUGUUGUUAAAAUGGCUGAAAAAGAAGAUAAAAACUUUCCCAAAAGCUCAAACACUGAUGAUGGAAUUAAGAAAACUUUGCCAGGUGAAGAUGCACCAUCCACAUCUGGUAUAAAACUUGGUGAAGGAUUGGAAGGUGCCAACAAUAAGACUGUGGCUAAACAACAGAAAGGAAGGGCUGGGUUUUCAGGGGGCAAGGUAAAGGUUGCUGGCAGAGGUGGAACAAUACGUCCCAUAGUACCUGCUGAGAAGGCAGAAUUAGUUUCGGUAGCAAACGCAAUGCAUGGCAAGAAGUUUGGGAAACGUCUCAAGAAAUUGUUCCAACCAGAGACCAAUGCUGCAAUUAAGGCUGUGGAGUCAGGUAUUUACAUCGGAUGGAGAUGUCCUGAGUUUACCUGGGAUUGCAUUAGAGUUGGUGAAGAAUCUUUGUGUUUCUGUGGCCACAAGUUGCAUGAACACAGGCAUUAUAAUGGCCCCAAGUCACAAGCCCCAUGUUCCAUCAACGAAUGCCAGUGUCGAGCGUUCGCAUUCAUUCCAUCGAGACCUGAAGACGUGGGGGAGUUUUGGCUUCAAAGGAGAAGGAAUUUUGAUCCAAGUACUUGGAAGGCAAAAUGCAGAUGUAAACACCCACACACAGAACAUUCUGUUAUUGGUUUGCGAUCAUGCAAAACUUGCAGAUGUGCACAGUUUGAGUCAAACUUUCUAUGUUCUGCAUGUGACCAACAUUGGGAAAAACACGAAACAUUCAUUGAUACUGAAGCUACAAGAGUUGAGAAAGGUCUUCCUUAUGGGGAAGAAUAUCUUCCUUUUGCUGAAAUACCUCAACUACGAAACAUGGCACUUACUGGUAAAAGUGAUGACAGCGGGCAAUUCAAGUCAAUCACAAAUGGAGGUCUACAAAUUCAGCCUUCCAAGCCAGCAGAUAACAAUACACCUGUGCCAUUUGGUUACCACAAGUCUAAUGCAGAUCCAUUUGGAAUGAAGUAAUGUAAACUUACAUUAAAAAGCAGAGGUUACCAAUUAUAUUUACAGUAACACUAUAGCAUGAUCAAAUGCAACUGAAUAUUUAUAAAGCCUCAAAAAGAAGUAUAUAAUAUACAUAGACCCACACAAGUACGGCUACACCUUUGGUAAAACAUCAUACUACUGCCCACCUAAACCUUCCUGGGGAUAUUUGUAUACCAUUUCAAUUGUAGCAAGCAAAUGCUUAAUCUCAUUAUACUACUAAUAGGCCUACUACAUAAUUGUUUUCCAUAAUUAUAUCUAACAGAGUAUUGUAUACUGCUGGUGCUGCUUAUUAAAUAUAAUGUAAAUUGUAAAAACCUUUCAGUUCUACAAAUUAUUAUUUUUACAGUCAUUGUAAUUUUUUUAAUUUACCUUAUUUUUACUUUGCCUUGUGUGCUAAUUGGAUUUUGUCUUCAGUAAAUAUAGUCAUUGCUGUUACAAGCUUAAACUCAAUAUGGAUGUUGCAAACGGUAAAAUGCACUGUUGUACUGUGGUCUUUAGUAUUAUUAAAUCAAAGCACUUUUGUUGUUCCUUACUAUUUGCAUGAGUUUCAGCACUUGUACUAAUAAAUAUACUUAAGUAACCUAA